AUGGCUCCCCAACCAGAUUACUACAAAACCCUCGAGGUCGACUCGAAAGCAUCACAGCAGCAAAUCCGCGAUGCCUACAAAAAAGCAGCACUAAAGCACCACCCCGAUCGCGUCCCCUCCGACUCCCCCGAGCGCGCAAGCCGCACAAAGCGCUUCCAACAAAUCAACGACGCCUACUACACGUUAUCAGACGCCACACGGCGCCGCGACUACGACGCCGCCCGCACCUACAACAGUUUCACCGGCAGCACCGCAACGCCCGACUCGGACUUUGAAGAAGAAAUCCCGGGCAAUGCAGGCGCCGGUGCAGGAGGCUUCGCCCAAGGCUUCCCGUGGUCGGCUUUCGGUUUCGGCAGCGCGCCCGCCGGCAACACGGAAGAAAGCCACAACCGGUUCUCCGAAGAGCAGUUCGGCGGUAUCUUUGAGGAGAUGCUACGGGAGGAAGGUAUGGCGGAUCAGGAUGCGCAUCCUACGUCGAAGUUUUGGAGUAUUGUAGGUGGGCUGAGUGGAGGGGCUAUGGGGUUCAUUGUGGCAAACUUCCCGGGUAUGGUUGCGGGGGCGGUAGCGGGGAAUAGACUAGGGGCGGUGAGGGAUACGAAGGGGAAGAGCGUUUAUGCUGUGUUUCAGGAGAUGCCGCAGGCGGAUAAGGCAAGGUUGUUGAGUGGGCUUGCGGCGAAGGUGUUUGCUAAUGUUGUCCAAGCCUACUCAAAGGAGGGAUAUCUCUAA